GUUCCAUUUUAUUUUUGUCCUGUCAAAAUAAACCAAAAUAUAUCAAAAAUUUUAUCAUUUUCUUCUUGAUUUAAUGUGUUCUGAUUGAAAUCGGUUUUAAAAUACGCAUUUUAGUUGGUUUUAAAAAUAUUUCUCAUCGUGUCUUCAAAUAGUACAAAGAUAGACACUGUGUGGGGUUGGGCGUCUCCGCCCUUGAGAUUACAACUGGCGGGGCACAUAAGGGGCCCUUGUAGAAUGGGCGAAACGACGGGGGGCGAUCGCCCACCAUCCCCAGCCCGACUGUCCCAUUACUCAGAAAAACACCCGAAAAGCACACUCACCGAGCUGAAUUUGCUACGAAGACACAGGGAAUUGUGCGACGUCGUGCUGAACGUAGGAACGAGAAAAAUCUUCGCCCAUCGGGUAAUACUAAGCGCGUGCAGCCCCUACUUCAGGGCGAUGUUUACCGGAGAACUGGCGGAGUCGAGGCAGACUGAAGUUACGAUAAGAGACAUUGACGAACUGGCCAUGGAUUUACUCAUAGACUUCUGUUACACCUCGCAUAUUGUAGUGGAAGAAUCGAACGUUCAAAUGCUCUUGCCCGCAGCUUGUUUAUUACAGCUUACCGAAAUUCAAGAUAUAUGUUGUGAGUUCCUCAAGCGGCAAUUGGACCCCUCCAAUUGCUUGGGAAUUAGAGCAUUCGCAGACACGCACUCGUGUAGGGAAUUACUCAGAAUCGCCGAUAAAUUCACCCAGCACAAUUUCCAAGAAGUCAUGGAAUCCGAGGAAUUUCUUCUGUUGCCCGUGGGACAGCUCGUCGAUAUCAUCGCCAGCGAUGAACUGAACGUUCGUACCGAAGAACAGGUUUUCAACGCGGUCAUGUCUUGGGUUAAAUACAACGUUUCGGAACGGAGGCAGCACCUUCCGCAGGUGUUGCAACACGUCAGAUUGCCUCUGUUGACUCCGAAGUUUCUGGUCGGUACGGUGGGAUCGGAUCUGUUGGUGAGAUCCGACGAAUCCUGCCGGGAUCUGGUGGACGAGGCGAAAAACUACCUGCUGCUGCCGCAAGAGAGACCUUUGAUGCAAGGGCCCAGGACUCGACCUAGGAAACCGACGCGAAGAGGCGAAGUGCUGUUUGCCGUGGGCGGUUGGUGUAGCGGAGAUGCCAUAGCUUCGGUGGAGAAAUUCGAUCCGCAAACGAUGGAAUGGAAAAUGGUGGCGCCGAUGAGCAAACGACGAUGCGGCGUCGGGGUGGCUGUAUUAAAUGAUCUCCUGUACGCCGUCGGCGGUCACGACGGCCAAAGUUAUUUGAAUAGCAUCGAAAGAUACGAUCCGCAAACGGAUCAGUGGUCGUGCGACGUAGCUCCAACAACUUCAUGCAGAACAAGUGUCGGUGUAGCUGUGUUAGAUAAUUUAUUAUACGCUGUAGGUGGUCAAGACGGAGUGCAGUGCUUGAAUCACGUCGAAAGGUACGAUCCCAAAGAAAACAAAUGGACGAAAGUGGCCCCCAUGACAACGCGUCGAUUAGGCGUCGCUGUAGCCGUGCUGGGCGGUUAUUUGUACGCCAUAGGCGGCUCCGACGGGCAAUCGCCUUUGAAUACCGUCGAAAGGUACGAUCCGAGGCACAAUAAAUGGACGUUGGUGAGUCCGAUGUCUACGAGGAGGAAACAUUUGGGUUGCGCCGUUUUCAACAACCUCAUUUACGCCGUCGGAGGCCGAGAUGACUGCAUGGAAUUGAGUAGCGCUGAAAGAUAUAAUCCCCAUACCAAUUCGUGGAGCCCCAUCGUCGCAAUGACUUCGAGACGGAGCGGUGUGGGUUUAGCGGUGGUAAACGGUCAAUUGUACGCUGUCGGGGGUUUCGACGGAACGGCAUAUUUAAAAACGAUUGAAUUCUAUGAUACGGAGCAGAAUCAGUGGAGGUUGUGCGGUUCGAUGAAUUAUAGAAGGCUCGGCGGAGGGGUGGGCGUGAUGAGAGCCCCUCAAACUGAAAAUCGGAUUUGGUAGUCGAGAAUGUUGAUUGUUUUCAUUGACGUAAAUGAACGUGGAUAGCUUUGUUGAUAGGUAAUGAUAACCCAAUCAAAAAAUAUAGAGUGUUGUUUUACGAAAAAUGUAUAGGGUGAAAUUGAUAAAUUUGAAAACUGCAGCAAUAUUUUAGGAAAUAAUGUGAAGAGUACAAAUCUACUGAAUUAUAUUAUAAGUGAUUUAAUGUUUUAAAAAAAUAUAUUUGAGCCGAAUGUGUGAAAUUAUUUAAUAAUGCAAUUCCGAUUAUUUUAGUGUGUUUUAAUAGAUUUUAGCUGAAUAUUAUUCUAAAUAUAUUUGUCAAUUUCUACAAUACAGUUUCAUCCUCGACAUUUUUUGACAUAAAACUUGAAAGCUAUAAUGAUAUACAUAAAAUUAUAAAAAAGUAACCGUUUUCAAAAUAUGUCUUAGUGUCAUUAUCAAAGGUCUCGUAAGUGUUCUAAUAUAAUGGCCAUUUCAAAAUUAUUUUAAUCGUGAAGCAUAAGGUACAAAAUAGGGUGACAUGGCACUCAAUAUUAUUUAUUUUUUUUAGUUUCAAAAGCGUUAAUUUUAGAUACUUCCUUGCAUCUACGAAUAGGGACAACAGUUUUUAUUUUAAUAUCAUACAAAAAAGAUGCAUUUUGAAUCAUUGAUGUGUAAUGUUUCGUGUAAGUAUUCUACAAUUGUCUUUAAACUCUUCAUAUUAAACGCAUUAUUACAAGAUGUUCCAUGUAUGUAAUUGUAAACGCCAAUAGCUUAAAUUCUUUUCAAAUAAUUCGUUGCUUAAUGAUAAUAUUCUAAUUUAAAGAAAUCUUGUUAUAUCUCUGUAAAAUAGUGCUUUGUAUAUAUCUAUAUCUGUAUAUUAUAGUGAUGUACAUAAUUCAACCUUAUCUAUUUCCAAUAUAAUCCGUAAGAUAAUUUAAAAUUUGAGGUUUGAUAAACAUAUUCAUUUAGAAAAUAUACACAAACAAGUAAGAAUUCUUGCAUGUAUUAAUUGCAAUCAUUAAGUUUGCCCUAUUACCUUUUUUUAAGAAGCUUUUUACUCUAUUUUUGUCACAAGAAAUUAAUUAGAUCAGAUUGACUGUAUUUCAUUAUGAUUUGUAUAAGUUGGCUCUAUUGUUGGGGAUUUUAUCAGUAUCUGAUACGUUUAUUUAAGUGUAGGUAUUUUCAUAUUAUGUAUAACCCAUCAAAAACGAUUUCAUGUGUGUUAUUUAAGACAGGUACAGCCCGAGAGAAAUAGCUGUAGACGCGAGUCAUGCCGUUUAUAGUGAUGAAAUAUAGCUAUUCCUGAGGCGCUGUACCUACCGCUUUAUAUGAAUACUGCAAUUAUUUGUAAAGUUGAGUAAAAAUUCAGUUGAUUGACUGUUUUUAAUGUGUGUAAAUAUUUGGGGUAGCUAAUUUUUAUUGAAGAAUCAGUUCAUAAAAUCGAUUUUUAGGCUUAUCGUUUGCAAGGAUUUAAAUUUUACGCAUAGCGAAACCAAUGACAAUAGGUAUUGUUUGAAAUAAUACUUGUUCAGUAAAUGUAUAUACAAAAACUGUAUCCGUUUUUAAUCGAACUCGCUGAGAAUAUGCGUUUGUUUGUCACAAUUUAGUUUGAACUAGCAACGUUCCGUUAUUUUAACAAAAUAAAAAAAAUCCGACAUUUUCAGUUACACGUAUUUUCGAUACGAAAAUGUCGGUCGCUUUUAUUUUGUUCGCGUGUUUGAGAUUUCCAAAAUUUUAUUAAAAAGAACUGAAAAGUGCAAGCUUGUAAAUUGUAUUGUUAUUUUAUAUAUUUUUGUUAUUAUUUAUAUUUGUAAUUUAUUUCUAUUUAAU